AGACGUCACGAGUGACGGGCACUCGUUGCAGCUUUAUAUUGUACAAGCUAAGGAUGUUUUGCAUGCAACCAUCUGUCGACAAUGGACCGAGCUCUCACCGAGGAUUUUACACAGUAAACGAUGGAUGCUGUGUUUCCGGAGAAGGAUGACGCUGCCUUUUUAUGUAAUGGCGUUGAUUCUGAACAUAGUUACAGACGGUAUGUCGAUUCAGUCCCUUUAAAAAAUCGUAGUGUUUUCCAAGUUUAAUCAAUAACGUUCGCGACGUACGGACGGCCCCGUUUUUCUGUCCUCACAAUCCAGUAUACUCAUCUUUAAUGCUUUGUGUUUGAUCCCACGAUGUGGGCUAGUUUAACUGAGUGUCUCCAAUCCCCAUAUUAAUUGUUUCAAUGUUACAGUGUCGCUUUUAUCCAAAGCAAGGUACAUUUCAGAGCAAGAACAACCCAUAGAUCUAGACAACAACAGUAGUAGUGUAUUUGGACACAUGUACUGCCAUGCUGUGUUAAAGGCAAUGCAAAGAGUUAUUUUUUUCUUUUCUUUUUUUUAAGAACAUCAACAGUGAAGCAACCAAACAUCAAUUUGAGACCUUUCUUCAUCACCAUCAAUUAAAUUGCCUUCACAACAACAAUUACCAAAGUACCAAGUUGGGUGUAUCUGAGCUGUCUUGGGCUGGUUGAAGACCAGAAGUGCUGCUGUUUUGUAGAUCAUUUUCGGAGGUUUAACUGUGCACGCAGGGAGUCCUGCCAGUAAUGAGUUGCAGUCGUCAAUGCCUGAAAUUACAAGAGCCUGUACCAGGAGCUGUGUUGCAUGUUCUGUCAGGUAGGGUCUGAUCCUCUUGAUUAUAGAGAGCAAAUCUGCAGGACCGAGCAAUCAGGCCACAUGAACAAUCAUGACACCCAGAUUUCUAGCAGACUUGGUAGGCAUAGGUUUAUUUGAUUCAACCACAACUGGAUCGACUUUGCCUCCACCCCAUCCAGUUGACCCACUAUUUACCUACUUAAUUUGAGUACAAAAUAAACAAAAAUAACAUUGUACAAUACACAAACAAUCACACACAUUUACCCUCAGCACGAAUCUCUGGAUACUGUAGAUCAACUGAUUUAUGGCUCCUACAACUAUACAAUCCCAUCGGGUUAGUUUGUGUUAUAGCCUGCAGUUCCACACAACGACCACAAAGACAACAGACAAAGAUCAAAUAUUGAAAACUCUUGCCACAAAGGUUGUGUUUUACCUCUUUAUUGCUUUCCAUCAUUGAUCCAAGUACCUGAUGAGAUUUCAUGUUUCUUUACAGCUCUCCAGAUCAUUGGAGGGAACGCAACAGCAGUUCAAUAUGGUACUGCUGUUCUCCCCUGCAAACUCACUGAUACCUCAGAAACCCUCCUUCAAAUUUUAUGGCAGAGACUAACCAGAGGAAAACCCCAAAAAGAUGAUUUCCUCACUAUCUCACGUACAGGGGAAACAAAGUUCCUCAACGGCAAAGAUUACCGCUUUAAAUUUAUUGGGGAUUUUAAUGAUAAAAAUGGGACCCUCCAGUUAUCUAACAUCACAGUCAUGGACGAAGGAAGAUACAUAUGUAUCUUCACCCUCUUUCCAAGUGGAAACCAUGAGACCAGCGUACCUCUAAAUGUGCUCGGUAUGAUAAAUUAAAUUGUAAACAUCUUAUAAUUAAGUCUAAAUAUGAUCUUGUUUUAUCUUUGCAAGCUGAAGUUUUGUUUUCUUUCUCUCUUAGUACCUCCAAUCACAAGCCUGAAAGAAAAUCAUCUUACUCUGGGAAAUGAAGAGGUUGUUUUUGCCACCUGUACAGCUGCUAAAUCCAAACCCCCUGCAGAGGUGACGUGGCUCACUGGUACUCUGGCAGAAAAAGUGAAAAUAAUAACCAACUCCAUCGUUGAAGAUACCGGAACAACCACCACAGAGAGCAUGCUGUUGGGAGUGCCCACCAGAGAAAUCAGUGGUCACACAGUCGAGUGUGUCAUCAGCAAUGACGUCCGAUCGGAAAAAGAAUCCCUGCCCUUCACUAUAAAGAUCAACUGUGGGUAUACAAAAGCUGCGUCACUGCAGUUUUAAUUUUGUUACUCAUCUUUGGGUGAGUGAGAAACACAUCAGUGCCAUUAAGUGUCAGUCUGUUGUUGUCUGUAAAAUCUUAAGCUCCACAUUCAAUAAUUUUGUUUGCAGCAGUAUGACAACAACAAAACGGAACAGGCCCGAGAUAAAAUCUAGUUUAGUGGAAGGGUUUUCAGCCUAAUUUCCAUCAAAUACAGGAACUGAGUUUAAGAGCUUCUUUUUUCUGUUGAAUUUUACAGGAUGGUAUUUUAAUCACUCAUUAACAAAUAUUUAAUUGCCCUAAAAAGAAGUUUGUGUUAAAACUAUGAGUUUGCUUGUGCAUACAUGUGUUUCAUUUGUCCUGAGCAUUCUUGAUAGAUGUGGAUUUUUCCUCUGCUGAUGGGAUUGAGACAUAAUUGCAGCUGCUCUGCCCUCUCCCUUCGUCUCCUGGUUUCUUCAUUACAGUUGCUUCAUGUCUCCACAAAUAGGCCUUGAAAAGUAUUUUCUUGAGUGGGAGCAGCAAGGUCCUGCUAGAGGGUGACAGUACAGGCAGUAUCUAGGGCAUUUGCUCAGAGUUCAGCUCACAACACAACAGAGUGAACACUAUAUUUCAGCAUUUCAAAUACAGGUUUUGCUUAAGAGCUCGCCUUCCGCAGGUUUUGUAUCAGUGUUAUUUGUGUGAUGAUUGUCAAAAUUGAGAAAUUUGAUAGUUGGGUUAACUUUGUAAGAGCCAGCGAGGGUAAACUGUACUUUGAAAGUAUCCUGUUAAUAGAGCAAGAAGCUAAAGUAUACAGAGGAUUUUGCUUGUGUUGAUGAUUAUGUUGAAGGAUAACAGCAGUCACAUGAAUCAGAUGCAGCAUUGCUGAUGGUUUGCCUGUAUAUGCAAGAAAACUAAGGGAAGAGAAAAACCCCAAAUUUAUUUGAGUGGCACAGUAGAACAAAACCAAUAUUUGGAGUUGCAUCCUAAUUAUUUUACUGAACCAAAUCCAUACUUAUUACUCUCUUUCUUUAUCUUGUUUUGAUAAUAACUGUGUCACACCAGCCUCCUUCCGCUGAGUUGAGGAAGAACUGCAUAACUUUAAUCUUUCAUUCAGUCACAUGUGUGUCUUAAGACUAUCAUCAGGGCUGCUUUUUCACAAUUUUGUAAAAAAAAAAUAUAAAAAAAGACAAUUUUUUCUCCUUUUAAUCUCCACUGAUCCAUUUAUAUCUAUAUAACUACUCACAUGUCAGUAUCACACUGAUGUUUCAUUCCUGUGUAUAUUUUUGACUUAAAAAAGGAACAAAUCUCCAAAGCAUGAGUCUUUCAAUAAGUAAAUGUUUGUCCAAAGUAACAAUUCAAGGACUUAACACUGUCUAGCAUUUAAAAAAAGAAACAUUUAUUACCAGCCUUUGGUUACAGAAAUACUGACAAGUAUCUUUACGAUGAGUGACACAGUUAGCUUGUAAUUCUUGAUGGACUGAUUAUGUUCAUACUCAUCUGUCUUAUAACAUAAGAAGAUGAUUUAUCCCUAAGGGGAAAUUUGAUACAUAAAUGAUCUAAAAUAUAUAUAAUAUAUCAUAUAAGAUUUAUAACACAGAUGAUUCAGGUUUGGUUAGUUGGAUUUAAAGCGAGGACCUGUUUCAACUCUCUGGACCAGCUCCCACGUGAAAGCUUGACUGUUGUUUACCUCACAGCUUCUCAUUUAGAAGAAAGAUAGAGGAAUAGAAAUGAGGAAAGAGAUCACAUGUAAAUGACAGGAGUGUGUGGCAAAUUUUACACAGACAGUUGAAGAGGUAUGCACUGUAUGAAGUUGAGCUCAUAUUUCUGAUGGAAACUCCCUAAAAGCCCCUAGAGUAACAGCACUUUUGUUACGCCCAUUAGGCAAAUAUAGAAAAAGUCAAAAAAAGGUCUGCAGUUUCAAUGUCAGAUCCUGUGUCACAUCCCUGUGGGGACACUUAGCCUUGUCCUUGGCUUCUCAGCAGCUUCUGUCUAAAUCUCAAUAACACGCUGAAACCGUGUUAGAUAUCCAGUUCACAGCAGUUGUGAUGAUUAGAGUCUUGAAAAAUGUAGAUACCUGUUUUUCUGAGUCAGUCAUUGACUGAAUCUUUUUUUUUCUACGAGGAAAUUCAAAACUGGUCCGUCCUAAAAAAAACCUCUCAUUGUUCAGGUUUGCUCAGGCUUAUUAUUGACGCAUAAACAGGAGCAAACAUUGGUAAAUGUGAUCUGCUUGUUUUCACAAAGAGCAAUAACACAAUCCGGUCUCUCCUGUUUGUUGCAGCCCCUCCUCUGGAAGUGAAAAUCAUUGAAAGAUCUGCAAACGUAUUCCAGUGUCUGUCAGAAGGAUAUCCAACUCCAGACUUCUCGUGGUCCAGGUACUGUUUUUACAUAAACAGGAGUAUUAUGUUAAUUUUGUACCUUGUACCUUUUGAUGGAGAUGAUGGAAGGAGGCGGUUUUCAAGGCCUCUCAAGUUUCAAGUGGGCUAAUAAAAGCAGUGUUAAGUAGGUGCUCCAUCUCUUUUGGUCUGCCUUGGACUUAAAUCGGCUCUGUGCUGGAUUUGAUCCAAAAAAAAAGAAGUGGGCUGUGAAAAAAAGUCACAGACUCAUGAAUAACAAGUUCAAGUUCAGGCCAUUGUUAGCCUGAAUGGGGGCGCACAGAAGGAGAGCCUGAAAUAAAAUGAGGAACAUAGAGCAUCUUAUAAAAUUAGAUUUUAGAUCAGGAAGUUGAAAGAUGCAGACAGGUUUGAUAGGAAAGCUUUAUCAACAGGAAACAGUCUCCACCACCCGAGGUUCAACCUAGUUAUAAUGUUGACUGGUCUGUAGAUAAUGUGCUUCACUAAGCACAUCGCCUACAGUGUGCUUCACUACGGGAGUGCCUUGGGAGGAUUCUGUGGGAGCUGGCUACAAAAGGGGAAAAGGUCAGACAUGCUACAUUAGCACCAGAGGCUAAACAAUGAGGAUGGAAAGUAAAAGUUUGUCCUGUAGAGACAGGUUUUAUUGAGAGCCGGUUUAAUCGCUGAAUUACUGUGCAAAAUUCCCCCUAAUCUCCAGGGAUGCUCAUUGGUUUCAGCAGAAAAACUCAGUCAGAGGAUUGUUGAAAAUGACUUACUGGUGCCCUGUGUACUAUCAGUUUUGGUAUUUAAAAUAGUCCCGUGAUAACUGAGGUGUGCAACUGUCCCAGACCUCACUCAAGUUAAUGUGUCAGUGUGGGAGGAAAUUAAAACUUUUGCCAGAGCAGGUAAAACAUAAGCUGAUGCUCCUCCUUCGCCCCCUGACAAAUGAAAUCAGGUACCAGGUGUCCUGCUGGUAAACAGUCAUUAGUCCUGCCAUCAUGAGACAUUAUUGAUGCACAAUUUAACUAAGUAGAUAAAACCAUAAAGGUUAACACUGACUGACCCUGGCUUUAUUGCUUUACAGACAGAUAUUUUAAAAAGUGUAUUUACAUGGACAACAGAUCUAAAUCGGAGCCUGAUGAAUUUUGAUCUGGAUUUUGGAAGCUAUCAAGGUGAAAUCCCCCCUGCAGUCUAAAGCGGUGUCACAGUCCUUAACCUUGUGUAUCUAAAGCUAUUGUUCUUUCUUUUCAGAUCUGACCAAUCGUGGCCUUCAUCUGGUGUCAGAACAGAGGGUGCGACGCUGCAGUUUCUGAGCACCACCUCAGACUUAAAUGGCCUCUACCAGUGUAAAGCAUCCAACACACAUGGAAGUCAACAAGCUUACCUCAAGAUGCUUUUUACUCCAGGUGAGGUCUGUAUUCAUUUGGCUGAAAACAUUUGAUAAGAGUUUGGUUGCAUAAAAAGAAAGUUGCUUGAUUUUGACUGAGAACAUGUUGUCUGAGAGGUGUACCAUGAAGCAAGAUAAAGGGAUAAGCCAAGUCUUUAUAUCCUGAAGCCAGAGUUUUCACAAAGACAUAAAGCUGUCUCUUCUCUAACCUAGCUAGAUCACCAUGGUAACUCAUAAGCUGGUGUUGUUCAUAGCUACAGCUUAAAUCCAUAACCACAUGCAGUCUUGUUAGUAAUUAAUGCCUGCCAUUGUCCACAGUGGGCCAUCUAAAAAAUCUGUAGUGAGAGUUUGUGGAACCAUAAUAUCAUCUUUGACUAACACAGAUUGGAGACGAACAGCAACACACACUAAAGAUUUUUAUUACCUGUUGUUAUGAGCAUAAUACACCUCCCUCACAGUCAGAGUCAGUAUCUAUAAUUAACCCUGACUGUAUGCUGGACAACAUCACUUCAUUUCCGCCCCUUUGUUGUGCGGGGAAGCCAAAAGAAGCACCAGGAGUUAACUUUCACUCUAGCUCUCGCAGCAUGUCUAGCCGGUAGCAUAAUGACAAUGACAUCAAACCCAUGUUGUAUUUAGCUUACCCAUUAAAUGGGUCAGUACAGUCCACAGCAGAUCUGAGUCUUGAGUGGGUUUGAAGCAGACACUCACAUUUCUGAAAAGUCCAGUGAUAAGUUUGUAGGUGUGCAGAAGGCUAAUUUUCACUCUGCUUGGUGCCAUAUUAUUGCAGUUUAAUAGAUACUUCUGCAGGUUUGCAAAUGUCAGGAUGUGUUGUUGAUUGAUACAAUUGGACCUCCACUGACAAAAAUUGUGAAGUAUGUCUUACCUUGGGAAAGUCCCUUAUCAAUGAAUCACUUAGUUGUCAUUAUUACAUUAAAAUGUUAAUUAUUGAAUGUUUAAAGGUCUGAAAAUCUUUAAAAAUGUAAGAUUGCAGUUUGAGUCCUUUGUUUUUGAAACUGUCUGGCAGCACAUUGCCGUCAUAGCUUAAGCUGAGGGUAUUUUUCUCUGAAGUUUCCAACAUUAUUUUAGGCCCAACGUUUGACCUGAUUUGAUUCCACUGCUAAAGGAAGCUGAUAAACCAGCAUUUAAAAAGUUGCUGUGCUGUUCUAUUGGCUCUUGUUGCAGGAAAUAAUCUAGGAGCCUUUAUUUUCGAUUUCCUGUCACUGUACUCUCUUUCUUCCAUGCUGUCUCCUCACAGGAUCCUGCCCUGCCUGUUGGACCCUAUUCUCUCUUUUGCUUAUACUAAAUGUUGCUGCUGUUGUCUUUGGGUACUUAUAUAAAACCGGGAGACUUCCAAGGUAACAAAUGUGACAGUAUGUCAUCUGUUAAGGUUGAACAUUCAGUCUUACUGCUUGACUUAAAAGUUACUACAUCUACCAUGACAGUCUGAACUUGCGGAGACAACAAGGGAGUCUGAACUUGCGGGGAGAACAGGGCACGCCUGAGGAGAUGCAAAAGGUUCGAAUAGCUUCUGGCACAAGUGACGAUAACCAGAGAGUAGAGGAAGAGGAACAUGAAGAAGAAUCAGCAGCAACACACCAAUAGGUAUGAUACUGGUGUUUACAAGGGGAAAAGUUUUUAUUUUAAAUGUUACAGUGCAGCAGUGCUGUGCAGUCACGCAGGCCAACUUUUUUCAUUUCAAAAUAUAAACUUUGUGUCUCACAAAUUUCUUGAUAAAGACGCAUCAAGUUGUAUUUAUCCAAUAAAACAGGUCUUUCUUUUACAUUAUAAAGUACUGCUGUUUUUUUCCGUUACUCCAGAGAACCUUCAGCUCCCUGAACCGUUUGCAUAUUGCUUUGCAUGGACAUGCUUUGCUAACAUGCUUUGCAUUAUCUGCCUCAGGGAUCUCCUUGACAUCAAUGGGAGCUACAAGCUGGAUGACAGUUGGACUCCAGGUGGUUUGCAGCGUUCCAGGACUGGUAUUUAGCUUCUCACUCAGCUGGCUAUUAAAAAUGUGGAACAAUCUAAGUGCUUUUGUUUUGCUGUGGCCAAACAUUUGAAAACAAAUAUUUUGGGAGGUGUCAGGUCAAUCUCUUUAGAAAGGUUUUUCCUUGGUUGUCAUCAUUUACCUGUAACAGCCUCAUCAAUAAUAAUGUUGAAAGAAUCUUUCAAUUACAUUAAGAAAAAUCACCACAACUAAUUUUCAACUGUGGAUGGGGCUUACAGGAAAUAAUGGCAGAAGGAAAAAAAAGACAAAAGUGCACCAAAAAACAAGGAGACUGUUGAAGUAGCUUUCACAACCAGUGUACCACAUGCCAACGUGUUCAGGAUGUGGCUUAACUGUCUUUUUUAACCUUAUCUGACAAAACAUCUGAAGCUUAUUUUACCAUCAAUAGUGUUAAAUCCUGAUCAUAGCAGAGGUUUAUGGAGCCUGCUCAUGUAGACACAGAACUGGGUGAAAAGAAACUCCAUCCAAACCGGUACAUACCAUCGACUAUAUGUAUACACAGUCUAUGGUGUUACUGUGUACUGUACUCUAUAUACAGCCUAUGGUACACACAUUUAGACACACACUGUAGAAGUCUGCUUAAUGUGUCAGUGAUUCAGAAAUCAGAUUGUUGUGUUUUUCGCAUUAUUUAUUAGAAGUGUUAGUGACACAAAUGUACUGUUUGUUGUUUUAGUUUUCUCUGUUUAGUUGUUUUUUUUUAUCCUUGUGUGCUCAUACCUGAUACCUGCUCCUUUUUAGCAACAGCUGCUAAUAUAAGCAACAAAGCCGAUGUUUUAAGAUGCAGUCAAAACACUCCCAUCUGGUCGAUUUUCAGAGCGUUUCUAAAAGAGGCACAUUCAAGCUUCAAAAUUUUUCUUUAAUUAUAGGCUGCAUUGGCUGAGCGAGAUCAUGUCGGUUCGUUCCACUUCAGUGGGGCAACAUAAACUGUGAUUCAUAAAAUAGCUCUAUUGAUAGUAAGUACUAAAAAAAAGUAUCUCCUCAUGCCAUCCUGUCGAUUUUUAGUAAUCAGUGUUUCGGUGUCGAACUAUUUCCCUUCUGCGGCGUAGUGAUACUUGCACACACGCAAUCGAAUAUGCAGGGGGUGAAGCGAUUUUUGUCACGUGGACCAACAGGAGCCGAGUCUCUUUGCCAUAGUAUCAGAAAUACACAAACAUGGCGAUGACCACAUCUAGCAGCGAAACAAUCAAAGAGGAAGAAAAGAAAAGGAAGAAAAGACUCUGGACAAUCCAUGAUUGGAUGAGCUGUCUGAGGCGAAUUACUUUUUUGAUUGACAACUAAACAAGCGAAUCAGCGAUCUUGAAGAAUAAAACAUCUACCGGAGCAUUUUCCAAGUCAUUCAUUCCGUUGUUCUUAACUGCUCCAGAGACUUUACAGAUCCUCAGCGACUUUUGUCUUUGUUAAAGACGACUGCCGUUGUGUUUGGCGACUCUGUUCUGUUACAUACAAAUAAACAAACACAAUUAUGAUGUAGGCCAGAAAAAUGAGCUUCCCCACCUUGAAAGACCAGCAGCCGCCACUGAUUUGCAGGUAUGCAAGACCCAAAAUAAAGAGAUCGCCCCCUCAGAGAUAAUGAAGACGCCUUAAAAUGUAAACAUUAGAUGAUGUAAACGUAAAUGAUACGAUUAAUUGCUGCCUAGGUCUGGUGGCUGCACUGCUAGUUGUGGCUAAACUGCUAAUGCUACUCGUGCCGCCAGCAGUGGCAGGCUGUACAAACUCCGCUCACAUUUUCAUGCUUUCCGCCUAAUCAUUGGGGAAGUACUUCUUCAAAUGAUUCAACAGAUUUGUUGUGUAGCCGUUUUUUGAGGGCACCGAUCGCUGACAUACCUUGCUCAUCGGCUUAAUUACUCGACGUCACUUUGGAGAUACCUGAACCACCACCACACAAGCGACGUUGAAUAACUUCUCAACAAUGACAUCUUAGGAGAAUGACUCAAAGUCAUGGCUGACAACUAUCUUGCUGCCCUCAGCACCGUGUUUAGCUCCAUGUUUGGUCAUUCUGUUUACUUCUCCUGUUUACUUCUCUGGUAGCUUACAGAAGUGAGCAGGAAAAGCUCAACUCUGAUUGGCUGUUGUGACGCACAUUUCCUCUAUGUUUGAUCAAGUAAAGUAAAUAUGCUCUCAGCUGAUCAACGCAAUCGAACUGAAAUUUAUCACGAUCAUCGAUCACAAUCAUAAAAUCGCUCAGUCCUAGUACAGCUUCAGUUGUUCAACAGUCCGAGGUCUCCGUUGUCGUAUUUUACGCUUCAUAAUGUGCCACACAAUUUCAGUUGGAGACAGGUCUGGACUGCAGGCAGGCCAGUCGAGUACCUGCACUCUUUUACCAAGAAGUCACGCUGUUGUAACACGUGCAGAAUGUGGCUUGGCAAUGUCUUUCUGAAAUAAGCAGGGGCGUCCAUGAAAAAGACGUUGCUUGGAUGGCAGCAUGUGUUGCUCCAAAACCUGUAUGUACCUUUCAGCAUUAAUGUUGCCUUCACAGAUGUGAAAGUUACCCAUGCCUUGGGCACUAAUGCACCACCAUACCAUCACAGAUGCUGGUUUUUGAACUGCAGUUUGACAGUUGUUUUAACUUUUACUGUCUUUACUAAACCUUCAUCUCCCUCAUAAUACUUUAGAACUCUAUUUUUGAUAGUCUAGUUUGCUUUUUUAGGUACUAGUACUGAUUGUAAUCCACUCAUAUAUCCCUGAAGUAGAUAUUUGUGUUAGAAGAUAUAUUUUUUUUUGAAAGUGUCCCAGUCUGUCAAUGGAUAAAAUUUUCCAUUGAAUUAGAAUUAGUUUCAACACAUUUCAUGUUCAGAAAGGAGCAGGGAGAUUGUUUACUUGUUACAUGAUUCCAGUUAAGCUUUAUAGGGCGCAGUGUGUUAAUAUUGAGGCAGCUUUGUUACCAUCUAUUUCUAUUUUAGGUUCUCCAUUUUGUAUGAACACAGUACAGAAAGACUGAAGUAACGAUCAACAUUAAGAAUGUAUUUUAUUGGCUGUUGAAGUUCAUUAAAGGUAAAAAAAAAAAAAGAAGUUAUGUAAAAUUGUUGAAGAUUCAAAUUUGUGCGGCGUAUUAAUUUGUUAAUUGCACUGUACUCACUCAGUUUCAAAUCACUGCACUUAACUGACUGAUGGGAGUUGGAAACAUUUUGUUUGUAGACCAUGACUCACUACCCAGCUUGCAACAAUAAACCCUCUUUGGGUUCAAGUCUGCAUGAGUCUGUCCUCACUGACCCUGGCACUGUUUUGCUUGUGGUCAAAUACUGAAUUUUCUUUAGUACGAACAGCUGCAUGCCAACAUGUUCAUAAUUUCAGUGUUUUUUGUGGUGCUUUUUAUGUUUACAAUUGUUUAUUAACCGAUGUACAUGCCUACAUUUUAUAAUUCCAAGGUUGAAGUUAUCCUCUGGCUGUCAUUACUAAAAUCCUCAAAACCAUGGCAUUAAUGUGUCUCUGUGUCUCUGCAUGUGGCCACAGACAGUCUACUAAAAAAGAUGGCCUUUCACUCCAAACUUAAAGCUCCUGUGAGAAACUUUUUGUUUGGGUCAGUUUUGGUGACCCUGUUGACAAAGUAGCCUUUGCCUAUCUUACUAAUAUACACAAUAUUGAACCAGAAAUGUAAAAGCAGGGCUGUCUAUUCAGCUGCUCAUCUGACACCUACACCCCUCAAGCCAGUAUGAGGCCUUAAAAAAUGACAGCGUCAAAGUUGUCAGUCUUGUUGCUAAUGGUCUUGUCAGCUUUUGUACAUAAUUAAAAAGACAACGGGAAACAAAGCAUUGUGUAAUUUCUGAGGACCAUGAAAGUUAGUGGGAUACAUCACUGUCGGACCAUGAAUGUUUUCCAACAAACAAAAUGUAAAGGAGGUAACAGCCAAAAAAACUUUUUUUUUCUUUUUUUUUUUUUUUUUUUUUUUUUUUUUUACAGUUACACUAAAUAAAAUGUAUUCAAGCACAAUUUUUUGGCAUUAAACAUGUGGAGAAAAAAACUCCACCUCAUACUGGUACACCUUAUUAGCACUAACAUCUUAUGAUGUCUGAUGCGGCCGACAAAGGGUUUUUAUGAGACUGAUAAUGUUGUAAGUGAAGAGCAUUAAAUUAGUGGAGUACUAUUUUUUGACUCACCAAAAAUGACAUCUGUCAUGUUUUAUUUAUUACUUUUUUUAAAUGAUUGGUUUUGGCUGUCUUACAUGGGGGUGGGAUAAGGAGUUACGUUUGUUCUUGAUUAGGACGUGGUUAAUAAUUCUAUGAAGCCUUAAUUACACACGUGUAUUUGAAAAUUUGGACUUAAAGCUCUGACUACUACUGAUACUUGGCUUUAAUUUUUUGGAGUUUGACAGCCAGUGUCACCAGAGCAUUUUUGUCCCUCUAAUUUAAAUUUUUGUUCCAUGCCCUUUUGAUGUUUACAUAUUAUUGCCUGUUCUUUAUUUUUAUCUUGUUUUCUAUAAUGGUGACCUGCUGAGUUUAUUACUUUUUUUGCAUUGCUAAAAAAAAAUAUUAAAACUUAAAGAAAAAGUA